GUGAGUGUACAAGGAAGAUGAAAUCCUCUUUGUUAAUAAUUAGACCUGCGUACUUGAAUUUUAAUAGCGAAUUUAAAACGCAAUACUUCAAAUACCAAAGAGAUCUCCAUCAAGCACUCUCUGGUAACUUCAAUAAAGAUUUCUACUAUCAACCUCAGUCACUCUCACAGAGGGGAUUCAUACAGAGGGAGCAUCAGAAGCAGCUAGACAAGUGGGGAUAUUCCAUCUACAAAGAUCAGCAGCUGUCUUCUCAGAACGAGAUCUCGGUAGACGAGAAUACGAGAGAGAUAGACGACUCAGUAAAAAAUAUAGAGAGGCGUGGAGAGAGAUCGCUGGUGUUGGUAGACGAGAAGAACGCGAUACCAACAACGACAGUAAAUCCAAAGGAGUCGCUCGACCAGGCUGCCUUGAGAGCGGGAUACGAGAAAUUCGGCAGAGAUAUAGAUUUAUGGUUGGUUUCUAAGCUACCAAUCGGUGUUAAUAGAGUGGAUAACAUAGACACAUACACAUUCAUGAGCUACAUACUAAAUGGCAAACCAAACAGUCCAGCGAACUACCUCACUAAGGAGGAAACGUCUGAAAAUUAUUUUGUUGAUUUAAUCCCUUAUAAAUAAAUGCCCUUCGUUUGAGUGAACCAUCAUCUUA